AUGCUUACCCAGGUUUUUCAUUUAGGCCAUCCUACAUUGGAGCAAAUUGGUACUCUCAUUCCCUUCUCCACAUCUCGUGCUCCAGAUUUCACUAUCCCCCUCCACCUAAUUUGCGACUAUGGUGACUGUGACUGGGUUAAUUGUCAAUGUUAUUGUCCUAUGGAGAGAACCGGACCCAACAGUGGUAGCGAAAGUGUGGCGGUUUUUAGUGGAGUAAACUGUUCUGAUAGGGAAGUUUUGAUGGCUAUCAAGAAAUUCAAUCUAAAACACUUCGAAUCAAUAAUGUUCCUCGACUAUCAAACACCAGUCAACACCUCAACUCCAAACGAAUGUGAUGUCACAUGGAGAUUUCAGAACCAGAAAGAGAAAUCAUGGAGAAGGUAUAGAGAUCUGAAAAGGUUCAAGAUCGAAUUCACCGAUUCCUACACUUACAAAGUAUCAGAACAAAAGGAUGUCAUUCCAGUGUUGAUGCACAUCGUCCCCGACAAACCCCAUUGGGAAAAGGACAUCGGUGGAGUUGAACCGAGCGCCAAUAAGCUCAUCGAACCCAUUUCCAUUGAAUUAACAGCAGCAAAUCAUGAUUUUGGAGAAAAAAUAGUUGAUCUAGUAGAAGCGUACACUGGUCGGAGCUCUUCCACCUUAGCGGAAGCAGGGUCGAGCAAAAAGCUUCGUGGAUCAGGGGUAGCUUCACGAAAAAAAGUAAGCCGUAAACAGGGACUAUGUUUUCAAGUUCCCAUCAAUUUGUUGAAGUGCAUAUGGACGGUUUGAAUGGCACAGAUGAUGAGUAUGAAGAGGAAGAAUAUGUUCAUUCUUCAAUGGACAAGACAACAUGGGAUCCUUUUUUGAAUGAUUUGGUACAAGGAGGAAUAAAAUUGCCUGAACUGUCAUCUGAUUGAUGGUGGAUUGAGCUAUUCAGAUGAAGAAUUUGACAAAGGAGAGCACAUAAAUCAUGAAAUUGGGGACCAAUUUUUGUUUGUUUCUGUUUAGUUUUGUUUGUUUUGGACAAAAACAUGUAAUUAUACUCAAUUUUAUGGUAAUGGUGAUUGUUUGGUGUGCUAAUAA